GACCCACGCAAUGCUGUUGCUCCACAAGGGGGGGCUGCUGGAUAUAUGCUUUAGUGCCCAACUGCCUGCCUUCAAACACUGAAUCCAGUUUGUGUGGACAGAGCGGGCGAGGAGAGGAAGACUCCCACUGCCUCGACACGCACCGAGAGACCACCAGACCCGAGCCUGGGCUACGCUCACCGCACACCUCCCUGGAGCCUUCACACACCACUUCAGGACUUUUUAUCCGGAAAACGGGACAACCAUUACGACUUGCGGGCUGGAUUAAAUAAUAAACAUUUGGGAAACAGAGUAACAUUAUCAGAAGUGACAGAACAGAAACACACAUUAACGGGAUCCGCUGUGAAUUUAUGGAUGCUUGUUGCUUUUUUCGGUCCUAUGAGCACCUCUCUUCCACUGGAGCAAACAGACCUUCUAUUGUGUCAUUGUUCAAGCAGAUAUUGCCUGUUGAAAGAAUGAAUACACCGAACUUAUUCUGAACAAGUUGGAGGAAUAGUCGAAGGCUUUUUAUGUGCAGACAAACAGAUGGGACGUGCCAACUUUUUCGAGAUCUCUCUGAGGGCGUCUGGCAUCAUGGACAGCAAACUGGAUCAAUGAGCCAAAGUUCCCUCUCAUCCUGAGCUGUCAGUUCAGACGGUUCUGCAAACAUCUGAGAAUAUCGGCUUGUCGACAAAACGAGGCUGUUGAUCCUACAUUAACAAGAAGAGGUUCCCAGUAAGAGAUAUCUUCAGCCUCACACUUUUCUGCACACCGUUCUGCCGUUUACAGCCAUGAUAUCAAAAUUCUUACGGAAUUGUUCAUCGUUGGUCCUGCUGUUCCCUCUUCUCCAACUGCUGCGGCUGGACAUGCUCAACGCUGCCCCCUCUGGUCCGGAGUCUGACACCUGCUCCACACUGGUCCAGAGCCGCUUCUUUGGAUUCUUCCUCUCAUCCUCGGUAUUUCCCGGCACGCCCUGCUCCUGGACCCUGCAGAACCCCGACCCAAGGCGCUACACCAUCUUCAUCAAGGUCACGAAACCAACCAGAGACUGCAUUCCCCGACAGCAUCGGACCUUCCAGUUUGACUCCUUCUUGGAAACAACACGAACCUUCCUCGGGAUGGAGAGCUUCGACGAGGUGGUGAAGCUGUGUGAUGCCUCUACCCACGUUGCCUUCCUGGAAGCCGGGAAACAAUUCUUGCAGAUCCGGAAAGGGCUGCCCAGAGCGGGCGCUGGAUCCAGGAAUGGCGAUGGGGAAUUUAAGGUGGAGUAUCUUGUGGUUGGGAAGCGUAACCCUAGCAUGGCUGCCUGUCAAAUGCUGUGCCAAUGGUUGGAGGACUGCCUGACCUACAGUACCUCCAACCGACCCUGUGGCAUCAUGCAGACACCAUGCCAAUGCUGGGACCAGCCCCCACCGGACAAAGAAACCAGUGGAUGCUACCGGGAUGGGGUCUACUUGGAGAACUGCAUCCCUAUUGUGAAAGAAGGAACAGCUGACACUGAAACUAGCGGUGGCUGGAGUGGAUGGGGCAACUGGGCAGAGUGCAGCAGUGAAUGUGGAGGCGGAGUCCAGACGCGUAUACGCACCUGUCAAUCACCACCUGAGGAGGCGUACCUGUGCGAGGGCGUUCUAGAAGAAGGUCGUCCCUGCAACUCUCAGCCAUGCAUCGGCAGAGGCCGACUUGGCACUCGUAGCCAAUCCCUGCGCUCGGUGGACAGCCGUAAACGAGAGGACUCUGAUAAGACCCGCAACGGACAGCAGUCUUCCCAAACAGUGGAUCCUCCGUCGGGUGGGGAGUGGUCUGCGUGGAGUGUGUGUUCGACCACGUGCGGUGAGGGCUGGCAGAGCCGCACACGCUUAUGCGUCUCGGUGCCGUACAGCACGCAGUGCAGCGGGCCGCUGCGUGAACAGAGACCCUGCAAUAACACUGUUGUGUGUCCAGCCGCUCUGAUUACAGUGCACGGGUCGUGGGAUGAGUGGACUCCAUGGAGCUUGUGUUCUUCAACGUGCGGCCGUGGGUACAGGGACCGCACUCGCUCCUGCAAGCAGCCGCAGUUUGGAGGAAACCCCUGCGAUGGUCCAGAGAAACAGACCAAAUUCUGCAACAUUGCUGUAUGCCCAGUGGAUGGCGUGUGGAAUGAGUGGUCCAGUUGGAGUUCCUGUUCCUCGUCCUGUUCAAAUGGAACAAUGCAGCGCACUCGGGAGUGUAAUGGGCCCUCGUACGGGGGUCUGGAGUGUCAGGGCGAGUGGCGUCAGACAAGAGACUGCUUCCUCCGAGAGUGUCCUGUGGAUGGCCAAUGGCAGCUCUGGAGCUCUUGGGCUGGUUGUACCAAAACAUGUGGAGGAGGAAGCCAGCAAAGACAGAGGGUGUGUUACGGUCCCUUUUUUGGGGGGGAGCCAUGCCCAGGGGACAGAGAGGAAGUUAGACGUUGCAAUGAGAAGAGAUGUCCAGAGCCGCAUGAGAUCUGUGAUGAGGAGAAUUUCUCUAACGUAGUUUGGAAGAAAACUCCUGCAGGGGACACUGCAGCUGUCCGCUGCCCUCCGAAUGCUGUAGGACUAAUUCUUCGGCGAUGUUCGUUGGAUGAUGAAGGCAUUGCAUACUGGGAGAACCCAACGUACAUUAAAUGCGUCUCAAAUGAUUACCGAAGUAUCCAAACACUGACCAGAGAUCACCUGUCCAAGGCUCAACGAGGGCUUGUGGGAGAUGGGGUCUCUGAAGUCAUGACCAAGCUGAGGGUGACAUCAAGUGAUGGAACAAGCUACAGCGGAGACCUUCUGGCUAUCAUCGACGUACUGAAAAACAUGACAGAGAUAUUUAGGAGGUCCUACUACAGCCCCAGUAAUGCAGACAUGAGGAAUUUUGUGCAAUCAGUGAGUAACUUACUGAUGGAAGAAAACAGGGAGAGGUGGGAGGAAGCACAGCUGCUUGGGCCCAAUGUUAAGGAGCUUUUUCGUCUAGUGGAGGACUUUGUGGACGUCAUCAGUCUCCGCAUGAAGGACUUCCAGGAUACUUAUGAGGUCACCGACAAUCUGGUGUUGAGUAUUCACAAGCGGCCUGUCGCAGGAAAUGCAGAUAUCACUUUCCCCAUGAAGGGGUGGAGAGGGAUGGUGGACUGGGCUCGCAACUCAGAGGACAAAGUCAGAGUGGCUAAAAACAUCCUGGUCACUGGAAAACCAGAUGAAGAUGACGCCUCGGCAUUUGUGACUGGUAUCGUACUGUACAGAAACCUGGGCAGCAUUCUCUCUCUACAGAGAAAUAGCACAGUGCUGAACUCCAGGAUGAUCUCUGUGACAAUCAAACCCACUCCCAGCUCCCUCUCAACUCCAUUAGAGAUUGAGUUCUCACACCUUUACAAUGGUACCACAAACCAAACCUGCAUUUCAUGGGAUGAGAAUGACAGCUCGUCGUUGCUGGGCUCCUGGUCUGCGCGAGGCUGUAGAGCCGUGCCCGUCGACUCCAGCACAACCAAAUGCUUGUGUGACAGACUCUCCACCUUCGCCAUUUUAGCACGCCUCAAUCCCGAUGUGAACAUGGAUAAGACCCAGCUUCCAUCUGUGACUCUGAUCGUGGGCUGCGGGGUCUCGUCCCUCACCCUGCUCCUUCUCAUCAUCAUCUAUGUGUCUGUUUGGAGGUACAUCCGCUCAGAACGCUCUGUCAUCCUCAUCAACUUUUGUCUGUCCAUCAUCUCCUCCAAUGCACUCAUACUUAUUGGACAAACUCAGACACGGAACAAGGUUGUUUGUACUCUUGUGGCUGCAUUUCUGCACUUCUUCUUCCUGUCCUCUUUCUGUUGGGUUCUCACGGAGGCAUGGCAGUCUUACAUGGCCGUGACUGGCCGUCUUAGAAACCGCAUCAUACGCAAACGUUUCCUCUGCCUUGGUUGGGGUUUACCUGCUCUCGUUGUAGCAAUUUCUGUUGGAUUUACAAAGGCAAAGGGAUAUGGCACUGUUAACUAUUGCUGGCUGUCUCUGGAAGGCGGAUUGUUGUACGCAUUUGUGGGACCAGCUGCUGCUGUCGUCUUGGUUAACAUGGUUAUCGGGAUUCUGGUUUUUAACAAACUGGUGUCUAAAGAUGGCAUAACUGAUAUGAAACUCAAGGAGAGGGCCGGAGUUACCACAGCAUCCCCUCGCUCACACUCAGGGCUCUCCUCUCUGCCCCGCCCACCUGACACUGAUUGGCUGAGAUGCAGUCAGAUGACAGUGCCACUGUACAAUAUGACGCUCAAAUGUGCCAAGUGCGGAGUUAUCUCGUCGGCUGACGUUUCCACCACAGCUACCAGUAACGCCAUGGCGUCGCUUUGGAGCUCAUGCGUUGUACUGCCACUGCUGGCUCUCACUUGGAUGUCGGCGGUCCUGGCCAUCACUGACCGCCGUUCAGCCUUGUUUCAGAUCCUUUUUGCUGUCUUUGACUCCCUCGAGGGCUUCGUUAUUGUGAUGGUACAUUGCAUCCUACGCAGAGAGGUACAAGAGGCAGUAAAGUGUCGUGUUGUUGACCGUCAAGAGGAUGGAAACGGUGACUCUGGUGGAUCUUUCCAGAACGGCCAUGCUCAGCUGAUGACCGACUUUGAAAAAGAUGUGGACAUUGCUUGUCGAUCAGGCACCCUAAAGCGUUCCUCACAGCAAGGUGAGGAGAAGGUAGCUUCACAGCAGAUCACGGUACAGAAAGGCUCCAACUUCAACACCCUUCCUGCCAGCAUGGCAAAGGUCCACCUGCAAAACGUUGCAGACUAUGCCAGUCACACUCUCACCAUGCGCCGCGACAAAGGCGGCAUUGCUGGGGUCAGUACUGAGCUACCCGGAGCCAAAUCUAUUUAUAUCUGUGACGGCGAGCUCUUCAAGCAACUGGAUGGAGCCCCGGGAGACAGCGGUGGCCCUGAAGGAGGUGGGUCGGGACAGGGUUACGUGCUCUUGCCCAACAACAACAACACCCUUAGGUCCGCAAAGAGCAGCAAGGAUGACCAAGCCACCAAAUACAACAUCAGCAUCGAACAGUUGCCCCAGACCAGGCUCAUCCACCUGGCCAACCCCGCUGGCACUGAUCCUGUGCCAGGCUUCGGGUUGAAGAGCCUGCCCACUGACCGAGUCAGCGUUUCCUGCGCAGAGAGGGACUCCCCGGUGCAGACAGUGCAGAACAUCUCCAGCGAGUCCCAGAUGACAAACACGUGUGAGCAAGGGGACUCUGGGAACUCCGGCAUGAUGUCUAAGAGUGAGACCGUCUCAACACUGUCUAUGAGCUCUUUGGAGAGACGAAAAUCACGCUAUGCAGAGCUGGACUUUGAGAAGAUCAUGCAUACACGGAAGCGCCACCAGGACAUGUUCCAGGACUUAAACAGGAAGCUGCAGCAUGCAGAGAAGGACAGAGAUUCUCCCCCAGUGGACGGGAAGACUGGGAAGAGAUGGAGCGUGUCGUCAGGAGGCAGCGAUAAAACCAAUCUUAGUGACAAGCAGCAGACCCCCAGCAAGCGGGUGUGGGAGGGCAUCAGGAAGACCCACUCGCCACCGUCAUGGGUGCGUAAGGAGCUGGAGCCCCUACAAGCCUCUCCUCUGGAAAUGCAAGCAGUGGAAUGGGAGAAGGCCAGCGCCACCAUCCCUCUGGUGGGCCAAGAGAUCAUGGACCUGCAGACGGAGGUCUGAGAGACCCCCCAGAGCAUUCAGAGAAACAGAACAAACUCUACUCGCAGGGAAAAGGGACAAAGAAAAGGAAUGAGAUUUGAGAGUGCGGACAAACAAAAGUAUGCAAGAAAGAGAGAGAAAGCAACAUGGCUGUGCAAUUUUUAUUUGUUGUUUUGUUUUUUUGUAAUCCUGGAAUGGCCUUUUCCUUAAUGUCAAAGCGAAUCAUAACACUUUCGAAAAUCCAGGUCUGAGCCUGUUGCUGUGGUAAUGAGCUGGUGCUACCAAGAACGGCUGAACUGGGCAAGUUGAAUGCUGGGAGUGACUGACUGAGCAGAUGAGCCUUAGUGAGUGGCCUUCAAUUUCUUACACCUCUGGAUACACACACACAACACACAUAUUAGUGAUCAUGUCACAUUUACGGAAGAGAGAGAAGUAGCGCUACAACAGAAAGCUUUCAAACUGCCCGGUAGGAAUCAGGUGAGCUACACGUCAUUCAAAAUUACAUUCUUGAAUAUUAUUAGUCUUCUUAUCAUCGUUGUUGAUCAGUGUGACACGCAACACAUGGGGCGCAAGAGGCAACGUGAUUGCCCAAAGCCAUUUGACUGUUAAUCUGUCUCAAACGCCCUUCUGAGCCAGUACAGCCCACUGCUUAGACACUGUGCUGUCCCAUGCACCGCACCGACCUCGGGAUCCUUCGAAAGUCAGUCGACGCCGAAGCGACUUCAGCGUAAGAUUCAGCUCGGAAGCGGAUCGGCGGUCCAGCUGGUGGGUUCAUGAGAACCGACACGUCUUCAUUCGCUUGAUGUUUUCAUCAGAAUCACUGGAGCUGAGAGACCUGAAACAAACUGCUGAGUCUCAGAAUACGUGCAGAAUCAUGUUUGAAAGAGAAAAUGGAGAUGAAUAUGAAUAUAUAAAUAUAUAUAUUAUAAAUAGUCUUAUAUAUGAAACCGCAGAGGGGUGUUAUUCUCUGGUUAGGUUGUGGUCGCACACAGAGAAAGCACAAGACUCACUCCUCAGAGUCCUGUUGUACAGCAUUGUAAUUAUUUCCUGAAGAGUUCUACAAAAUGAAUUUUAGCCUAUAAAUAUCUUUCUUACUGUGCUUGGGGAAUAUUGUUAACAUUAUUAUAGAUAUCAUUGCGAUUCUGAGGUCCCCCCCCCCCAAUCUCAUUGGGUUACUGGACUUUAUCAGUGUUCUGUAACAUCAUGUAACAGUGUGUAUUUCAGUAUCACUGACUUGUCACUCCAGAUGAUACGUACUUGCCUGAAUUAUCUACCAUCAACCCCUCCUUCUCCUCCUCUCCCUGCCUUUCCACACUCCCUUUUUUAAGUUUACUGGGGUUUCUUUGUUAUUGUACAGUUUUCAGAGCACAAAAUGAAU